CAUGGUCUGAAGUGUUGCUCUUCUGUGUAACUAACUUUCUUGAUGAGGUUGUGAUAAUGUUGUGGACUGUGGACCACAGUUUGUCUGCCUGUCUGAUGUGGAUUCAGAGUCAUCAGCAGAGAGGGACCUAUUGGAGACUCACAGCUUAUCAAUUGUGUUAAUAAUCAGCUGUCCCUUUGUUAUGAGGACACUGGAUCGUGUGCUCUCUCUCAGUAGGGGGAUUGUGGUUUGACAGAGAGGUUGUAGUUGAAGCCACUUAGGGUUUUUACAGAUUUGAUUGCUUUCUGCCUUCAGAGGACCUUACUGAAGGGCAAUCAUGCGCUCGAUAGGGUCCGCCUGUCCUUUUCUCUGUCCUGCUGCAGGCUAUGUCUGCUCCAACAGAGGACUGGCAGACGGCAACGUCUAUUUAUGACUUCUCGGCGACAGAUAUUGAUGGGAAUCUGGUUUCCCUAGAAAAAUACAGGGGCAAUGUUGUCAUCAUCACCAAUGUUGCCUCUAAAUGAGGUAAAGCCCCAAUAAACUACUCUCAGUUUGCGGAAAUGCACGUCCAAUACGCUGAGAGAGGUUUAAGCAUCCUCGCCUUCCCUUCGAACCAGUUUGGGAACCAGGAGCCCGGCACAGAAGCUCAGAUCAAGCAGUUUGCCAGUUCCUACAACGCUCAGUUUGACAUGUUCAGUAAGAUCGAUGUGAACGGGGCCACCGCUCAUCCUUUGUGGAAGUGGCUGAAAAACCAGCCCAACGGGAAAGGCUUCUUGGGAAAUAGCAUCAAGUGGAAUUACACCAAGUUUUUGAUCAACAGAGAGGGUCAGGUGGUGAAGAGAUAUGGUCCCCUGGAUGAUCCAAGUGUGGUGGAGAAGGAUCUGUCCCCAUACUUGUAAACGCCUAAUGGAUGAUCGAUGCCUCACUUACUGAUACUCCAUCCUGUUGGCUCCUUUCUCCGCCUCUCCAAGCACCAGUGGUUAUAGUUUACGUCCAUCUCAGACCAGUGACGGUCUGUUCAUAAACCUGCAUGGCGGGCAGAGCAGACCUGAUGAAAAUGGCGUGCAAACCUCCUGAGAUGACUAAACUUGCAUUCAUUUGGUUCUCUGGAGAGAAGGAGAAAGGAGCCUCCAUUAGUAGAUUAAUGUGUCGCAUUGUUUUCAGAAUAAAUUGCACUAAAAUGUUGUUCUAAUGA